UUAUCAAAUAAAUCAUGAAACGAACUACUACGCUGGUAAUUUUCAAUUCAUUCUUUUUGAAAUGACAUUCACGUCAGGUUUUCGUUUACUUUAGAAUGUUAAAAUAAAAUCAUGGAAUUGAAAGGCCUUAUACUACUUCUUGUAAUUACUACUGACGCUAUUGAUCAUUAUACUGUUGUCAAUAUUUAUAAUGGAUACAACGAGAAGAAAGCCAAUGAAAAGGAUCAUAUUACUACGAUAAUUCACGGAAACCAUCCUUUUGACUUAAUUGGUAACUUAACGUCAAAGUUGGAUGCAUAUGAAACACGAUUUGAAAACUUGGAGGAUAAGAUAGAAAAUGUAACGGUAAAGUUGGACAUUUGUGAAGCUAAACUGGAUCAGAUCUUGAGGUCAAUAGACGAAAACGCGAGACCUCGGGACUGCAAUGAAAUCCAAAACCUCGGAUACACGAGAACAGGCGUUUAUACUAUCUACCCUAAACCUGGUGUUAAAAGCUUUCAAGUUAGGUGUGACAUGGAAACAACGACCGGUGGAUGGACCGUCAUACAACGUAGAGUGUCGGUGAGUGAUUUCUACAAAACUUGGGAUGAAUACAAAUCUGGCUUCGGGGAUGUGAACGAAAACCACUGGCUUGGAAACCAAGCAAUACACAUGAUUACUUCUCAAGGCAAAUACAAACUACGUGUGGACUUGACCAGUAUGGAAAAUGAGAAUGCAUAUGCAGAGUAUGAGUCAUUUUUGCUCGGAGAUACACAGUCCAAUUACAAGCUAUCAUUUGGUAUUUACUCUGGGAAUGCUGGAGAUAGUUUAAGAAGGCAUAAUAACAAAGUGUUUUCAACAAAAGAUAGGGAUAACGAUGAAGACAGUAAUGCAAACUGUGCUCAGAGUUACAUCGGUGCUUGGUGGUAUUCAAAUUGUCAUGACACCAAUCUAAAUGGGGAUUACGGCAAUAAAGCAUUCGGAAAAGGUCCUGUCUGGCGACAUUGGAAAGGUUACAAUGCUCCUCUUAAGGCAACAGAAAUGAAAAUAAGGCCGAUGUAACGGAAUGCUAUUGACGACUAAAGUGAACGAUUUUAGUCAAAUAUAACAUUGUUGAAGAAAUGAAACAAUUUGACCUUAAGUAUUAUCAAAUGUCACGUUGUUAAUAAUAUUUAAAGGAUCCUUAUAUUAAAUGAUUUUAUGUUUCCGUUUGACAUGAUUUACUUAACAGGAUCCAUUGUUUUAUUUUUGUUGGUGAUUCAGCUUCUUAAACUAGCCUUUUAAUACAAAUAGAUAUGUUUAGGGUAAAAGUGUUAUGAUUCAGUCAAAACACAUUGGCGUAAACAGGUUGUUAUUAUUUACCACGACAGUGUCAAAUAGACAUCUUUGUUUUGAAAUUUAAUGUGUUGAAUAUAAUUGUAGUGAGAAGUCACAACUGAAUUGUAAUUGUAAUUUAAAAGAUUUCCUAAAGCAUCCCUUAAAAAGAUAUAUUAUGAAACUUUUUUCUAAGAUGAUAUUUAACUCUUUCAGACAGUCAAUAGUUUGUUGAUAUUUAUUAAGUCAAAGUAAAAGUAAUGUAGUAAAAAAACCUGAUUUCAUGUAAUUAGUCCCCUACUGGUUGAAAAUCAGUUUCGGGGACUAUAGGAAUGCACUUUUCCGUCCGUCAUUCCGUCCGUCCGUCCGUCCGUCCGCAAUUUCGUGUCCGGUCCAUAACUGUGUCAUCCAUGAAGGGAUUUUAAUAUUACUUGGCACAAAUGUUCCCCAUAAUGAGACGACGUGUCAUGCGCAAAACCCGGACACCUAGCUUAAAGGUCAAAGCCACAGUUGGAGGUCAAAGGUCAACGUGGCUUAUCCAUGAAGGGAUUUUAAUAUUACUUGGCACAAAUGUACCUCAUAAUAAGACAAUCUGUCAUGUACAACUUUAAGACCCCUAGCUCAAAGGUCAAGGUCACACUUGGCAGUCAAAUGUUUACAUAGCAUGAACAGGGUCUGUUUAUUGUCCGGUCCAUAACACUCAUUUAGGGAUUUUAAUAUCAUUUGGCACAAAUGUUCCCCAUGAUGAGACAACGUGUCAUGUCAGAGCCCAGGCUGAAAGAUCAAGGUCACAAUUGGAGAUCAAACGUCAACUGGGCUUUUUUCCUGUCCGGUCCAUAACUACGCCAUCUGUGAAGGGUUUUUAAUAUUACUUGGCAUAAAUGCUCCCCAUGAUGAAAGUGUUACGUGCAAAACCCAGACCCCUAGCUUAAAGGUCAAUGUCACAAUUGGAGGUCAAAUGUUAAUAUGGUUUUUCCCUGUCCGGUCCAGAACUCUGCCAUCCAUGAAGGGAUUUUAGUAUCACUUGGCAUAAAUGUUCCCCAUGAUGAGACGACCUGCCAUGCGCAACACCCAGAACCCUAGCUUAAAGGUCAAGGUCACACUUUGAGAUCAAAGGUCAAUGGGACUUUUUACUGUCCUGUCUAUAACUUUGUCAUGCAAAACAGGAUUUAAAUAUCAGUUUGCACAAUUAUUUCCCUGGAGGAGACAAUGUGUUGUGUGCAACACCCGGGCCCUUAGCUGCAAGGUCCAUGUCACACUUGGAAGUCAAAGGCCAAAAUGUCUUUUUUUCCUGUCCAGUCUGUAACUCAACAAUCCUUAAAGGGAUUUUAAUAUUACUUGGCACAAAUGUUCAUCACCAUAAGACAGAGUGUCAUGCCCAAGAACCUGGUCCGUAGGUCUAAGGUCAAGGUCACACAUAGAGGCCAAUGGUCAAAUACAAGAAUGACUUUGUUCGGAGCAUUUUUACUUCAUGCAUGGAGGGAUUUUGAUGUAACUUGCCACAAAUUUCACCACCGCGAGGCACCCUUGUUUUUAGAAUUACGUCCCUUUGUUAUUACUAUAAAUAGAUUAUAUUGUAACUUAUUUAUUACUGUUCGUAGGGAAAAAUCGAGACCAGUUUUCUGUGGAACAACAUGCAUGUUACAUCCAAUUUUUAGGAGCAUUUUGACCUAUCUGUACGGUAAAGUGUUUAUUGUGGACUUAUAUUAUUAUUAUUAUUAUAAUUUUUUCCCUUUGUUGUUACUAUAAAUAACUUAAUAUGACACCUUUUUCUUGAUAAUCGGCCAAAAAAUUGCCAUAUGAAAACAACUUUAGCUUUUUAUAUAUAUAAAUUUUAAUCCAAGUGUUUUGUUAUAAGAUAUUGUAUAUAUAGUACAAUAUUGUUUAUAUAACAUUGAAAGAUAUCAGUUCAUUAUGUUAUACGGCAGUAGAGAAAAUUAGGUGCCUUCCAGUAGGGGACUUUGUAUUGCAUGGCAUUACUUCAUUCACUUGUUAUGUAUGUAUUGAUUAACUCUGUGAUAUGAAACCAUUUCAAACAUACUCAUUUAUUAUAAUCAAAGGAUACAUUAUACCAUACAUACAACAUGAAUUCAUAUAAUUUCCAAA